CACUCCACCUGCCGGAUGCACCGCCGCCUUGCCACCGCGGCCGCAGCGCCAGCGCUCCGGCGGUUCUCGCACCACAGCGCGCCUCCCCGGCCUGACCCAAGGCUCGCCUUCCUCCGCUCCGAGGUCGACGACCUCGACCUUUCCCCCUCUCAUAAACCAUCGCCACGGCCUCCCCAUAGAGAGGAAUGCCAGGUGUUAGAAGAGCUAAGAAGUGGCCUUGCUAGAGCUGGAGACGCUCCGGCAGCUGUGGAUAUAGCGCAUCCGUGGCCGGAGUGGGUUGCGCUGAUGGAGCUCCUCCUCCGUCGGGGCCACGUGGACCCCUCCGCCUUCGCCUCUGCCUCGCUGUCUUCUAAGGACGCCAACGCUGUCCGCACUGCGUGCCUCCAAUUCGGGCGCCAGCGGCCGGAGCUCAUCAGGCAUAUAUCAAGAUGGAAUAUUCAGGUUGCCAUGCGAUGUGGUUGUCCCAGCAUUGACAGGAAGGUUGUAAACUCUGGGAAGCGACUGCGGGCUUAUGUAGGACUUGAUGAAGGAGAGGUUUGCAGCCAAUGCAAUUUAAGAGGAAGUUGUGAUAGGGCAUAUGUAAAGGCUCGGAAAGAGGAAGUUGGAAGAACUGUGGAUGUUAUGCGCAUCCUUUUGACUUAUGGUCUUGACGUUAUUACCGGCAAUGUAGAGAAUAGAGCAUGCCUGAACAAAACUGUCAAGGAAUCAAUAAAGAUCCUACUAAACGAGGUUGUCGAGGUCGAUUCUAGGGGACCUGGUUCCAGCACUGUGAAAGCUGCACAACGCAAAGGUCAAUCUGCUGUACCCAUGAAGCAGGGUGAUUGGAAUUGUCCCAAAUGUGACUUUCUGAACUUUGCAAAGAAUAUCAAAUGUUUGCGUUGCGAUGGGGAAUUCCAAGAGAGGUAUCAGUUGUUGCAUGAAGACCAAGAGCAUCUACCUCUCAAAAAGGGUGACUGGAUAUGCAAAAGGUGCAACUUUUUGAAUUUUGCUAAGAACACAAGAUGCUUGCAAUGCCAUGAGAAACCAACAAACCGUUUACUCAACCCAGGAGAAUGGGAAUGUGUCUCGUGUAACUAUGUGAACUUCAAGAGGAAUGGAUUCUGCUUGAAAUGUGGCUGGAAAAGGCCAAAGUCUCUAAACAAUCAAGAUACUAUUGAAUCACGUCAUGACUUAGAGCAUAGUAAGACCCCCAGUAUUUCAUUUGUUCAAGACGGCGUCCAGCUGAAGAGGUGGCAAAGUCCGCAAAAGAGUGCUUCACCAUCUGACGAAGAUUCAGAUUUCUGGAGCGCAGACGAUGAAGGAGGUGAUAGCAGGGAUAAUGAUGCACUCCUGCAACAGAAGGACUACAGAUUUCUUGACAGUUUUCCCAUUGUCGGGGGCAGGACUGCUAAUUCCCAAGAUCGUCUUGCAAGGGAGAAGUGGAAGGACGAAAUGUCCAGGAGAAACAAAGGCCUUCAAACUAAGGAAUCACAAGAAAGCGUUCGGCCUUGUAGCCCCGGCCGUCUUCCAAGAAGCAUGGAACUGGUUGAGUCUGAUGAUGAUAUCGCUUCUUGGUUUUCGGGUGGGAAUAAUAUUAGGAACUUGGACAAGACAACAACUCCAUUUAUUCUCUCUGCUGUAUCUUCCCUGCAGAGCAGUUCCUUUCUUGCUGUCUUCUCUACUCCUCAGUCGCCACUCGGACGGACCUUGGCGUCCCACCGAAGACGACCUCACGCGGGGGCGGGGCUUGCUAUAUUCCUUCUCCUCCCUGCUCGGUUUAGCACGGCCGCUUCCAGCACGCAUCCUCCUCUCUCUCCCCGUCUCAAGAGGUCGCAGGGGGCAGCGUCGAAGCUGGAGGAAGCGGACGGGUUCGCCAUGGGGUCCGAGGGAUCCUCGGGUCCGGUUGUCGUUCCCAGAAACUUUAGGCUGCUAGAAGAACUAGAACGUGGUGAGAAGGGCAUUGGUGAUGGUACUGUGAGCUAUGGGAUGGAUGAUGCUGAUGACAUAUAUAUGCGGUCCUGGACAGGAACUAUCAUUGGUCCUCCCAACACUGUUCACGAGGGACGAAUCUAUCAAUUAAAGCUAUUUUGUGAUACGGAUUAUCCAGAUAAACCACCGACUGUUCGAUUCCAGACUCGGAUCAAUAUGACAUGUGUGAACCAAGAAACUGGAUUGGUUGAUCCAAGUCUAUUUCCUAUGCUUGGAAACUGGGAAAGGGAACAUACAAUGGAGGACAUCCUGGUUAGCUUAAAAAGGGAAAUGUCAACUCCUCAGAAUCGCAGGCUGUACCAACCUCAUGAAGGUAAUGAGGAUCAAAGAGUAGAGCAGAAAGGGCUGUCUGUUAGAUGUGUCAUCAUGUAAUCUAUGUGCAUUGCAAUGUACAGCAUUGAAUUGAGUAGCGAGAUGCCAAGGUGAGAGAGCCUCUCAGGAAAUCCUGUAAUUCACCUUGAUCAUGCCACCAUCACAAUAAAGUGUCGAUGACUGUUAAAUUGCCUGCACACCAUGUAACCGAUUCAGAUUCUGUGAAAAACAACGGGUUCAGUGUCUGCUGUUUCACAUAUCUUCA